UAUCUGAUUUUAUCACAUUGAUGCCGUGCUAUUCUUAUAUGAAAUUCGUUGGCAUAUGUCACUCCCAUAUAGCAAAAAGAAGAGAGAACACAUUAUACAAUAAGGGAGUGAACCGAAUUUAAUCACAUUAUUGCUAUUCUGCUAGAUACACAAAACUUUUUGAGAGGAAAAUGGCAGCGGAAAUGGCAGUGUCAUUUGCAAUUGAUCAUCUGCUUCCACUGUUAACUGAAGAAGUCACUAUGCUUAGAGGCAUUCACAAAGAACUUGCAUACAUUAAAGACGAACUGGAAAGCAUCCAAGCGUUCCUUAAGGAUGCAGAUAGAAGAGCUGCAACAGAUGAAGAAAGUGAAGGAGUGAAAACAUGGGUGAAGCAGGUGAGAGAUGUUGCUUUCCGCAUAGAAGACAUCAUUGAUGACUACAUGAUCCAUGUGGGACAACAACAACAACAACAGCAGCUACAGCAGCCUGGAUGUGCAAUUUUAAUUUGUAAGAUUACAAACCUGAUCAAAACUUUGAAGAGUCGUCAUCAAAUUGCUUCUGAGAUUCAAGAAAUCAAGUCAUGUGUUCGUGAAAUCAAGGAUAGAAGUGACAGAUAUGGUUUCCAACGCCAACAAGAAGGAUCAAGCAGCAGAGAAAAUGACAAGUGGCUUCCCGGUCGAGAGGCCGCUAUUUACAUUGAGGAAGCUCAAGUUGUGGGGUUUGAAGCACCAAGAGAUAAAUUGAUCAAUUGGUUGGUGGAGGGAAGAGCAGAGCGCACUGUCGUCUCUGUUGUGGCAAUGGGAGGGCAGGGGAAAACCACUCUUGCCAAGAAAGUUUUUGACAACCGGAAGGUGAUAGACCACUUUGAUUGUCAUGCUUGGAUCACAGUAUCUCAAUCCUACUCCAUAGAAGGGAUGCUAAGAGACAUGUUGCAGAAGUUUUACAAGGAGACUAAAAAGACUCUUCCUGAUGGUAUUUCUACAAUGGAUCGAAUGUCAUUGAUUGAUGAGCUCAGGAACUGCUUGCAGCAAAAUAGGUACGUUAUUGUGUUUGAUGAUGUGUGGAACGUACGUUUUUGGGAUGAGAUUCAAUUUUCUUUGGUUGAUAAUAAAAAUGGAAGUAGGAUAUUAAUGACUACAAGGAACAUGGAUGUUGCGGUGUCUUGUAGAAUCUCUUCUCCUUUUGUUGAAGUGCAUGAGUUGCAACCUUUAACUCUUGACCAAUCUUUAGUGUUGUUCUAUAAGAAGGCAUUCCAAUUUGACUUUGAUGGGCAUUGUCCAGAAGAUCUCAUUGAUAUAUCUCGCGUCAUUGUUAAAAAAUGCAAUGGAUUACCACUAGCAAUUGUGGCCAUUGGUGGUGUUUUAUCUGGCAGAAAAAAAAAUGCACUUGAGUGGGAAAAGUUUUGUCAAAAUCUAAGUGCAGAGCUCGAGAAAAAUCUCCAUUUAGAUCAUAUAACGAAGAUUUUAGGUUUCAGUUAUGAUGAUUUGCCUUACCAUCUUAAACCUUGCUUCCUGUAUUUUGGAAUGUAUCCUGAAGAUUAUGAAGUCUGUUCGAGAAGAUUGAUUAUGCAGUGGAUAGCAGAAGGGUUUGUUAAGGUGGAAAGGGGGCGAAUUUUGGAGAAAGUUGGAAAACAAUAUUUAAGAGAGUUGGUUCAUAGAAGUUUGGUGUUAGUAUCAAGUCGCUACCAUAAUGGAGUUAAAGUAAAAUAUUAUCGGGUUCAUGACGUAUUGCGGGAGAUGAUCCUUACAAAAUUUAAGGAUUUAAGCUUUGGUCAGUUCAUCGGUGAAGGUGAUGAGUCAAUGCCAGUCUCAAGCCGACGCCUAUCACUAGCAACUAAUUCUGAAAUUUUAAUGAGAGGUGAUAAAAUGAGUUCACAGUUUCGGUCAUUGCAUAUUUUCACAAGGAACUUAGAUGAAGAUAUUUUGUGUAGAAUCCGUCAAGAUUACACGCUAUUGAAGGUACUUGAUGCUGAGGAUUUCAAUUGGUACUCUGUUCCUAUUAACAUAGGGAAUUUGGUCCACUUGAAGUAUUUAAGUCUCCGUUCAGAUUAUAGUUAUCUCAUGUCCAUCAGUAAGUUCCAGAACCUAGAGACCUUGAAUAUAUGGGGAGUAAAUUUGCAUCUGAUGCCAAAGGAGCUUAGCAAGCUCCAAAGACUAAGACACCUUGUCGGCAACAGAAUCUCUUUAACUCAAUUGAAGGAUGACAUUGGAGGCUUGAUAUCUCUCCAAACGCUAGAGCGUGUGGAAGUAGAUGAUAAUGAGAUAAAGAUAAUUAGAGAGCUUGGAAAGCUUAAGCAGUUAAGAGUGUGUGGAUUGGCCAUUAAGGGGAAACAUGUGGAAAGUACUCUAUGCUCCUCAUUAAAUGAGAUGCAGCACUUGGAGAAACUUUCUCUUUAUACAAUAGGGAAGGACCUUGAUUUGAACUUCAUUUCUCCUCUACCUAUGUUUCAGAAACUUCUACUCAAAGGGUGGUUACAUGUAUUUCCAGAGUGGGUUCCACAUCUCCCAAAUCUUGUCAAAUUGACCUUGAAAGAGUCCAGGUUAAUGGAUGAUCCAUUGAAAUCACUACAAAAUAUGCCAAAAUUGUCAUCUCUCACACUCUAUGAUUGUUAUAAAGGUCAAAGUUUGCAUUUUGAAGGUGGAGGGUUUCAGAAACUAGAGGAACUGCACCUUGAAGGCUUGUAUAACUUGAAAUCCAUCCUUAUCGAUAAAGGAGCACUGCCUUCUCUUAAAAAGCUUUCGGUAUGGAAUAUGCCUAAUCGUAAACUCAAGAUUCUACUACCCCCUGGCAUCCAUCGCUUAGAGACAAUUGUAGUGGUCAACAUUGAAAAUGCAUCAUUUGAAUUCCUUCGCGAAGAACUUUCUUGAUGCAAUCAGGCAUCCAUGAAGGGGAAAAUUGUUUAGCACCAAAAUUAAUGGACAUUGAACAGCAUCCAAUUUCAAGGCGAAAAAACCAGGUGUUGGGCUAAUUUGAACUCUCCAUGUGGUCCUUCUAAAAAAUGGCAUUGUAUUUGUCUGUUGUUGCUGCUCUAGCACUUAAGUUGACGAAUAAAGAGAAUAUGUACAAAUUUGUUGUUAGUCUUAUAAAAAUAUGUUAAGCCUACUGCAUAAAUGAGUGAUUCAAGACGUUUCGUUCUUGCUUUAAAUUGUUUGUUGUUUGUGCUGUAUGAUGCACCACCAUGUUGUAAAAGUUUCUCUACUAGCAGAGGAGGUGGACACCAUGACUUGUAGGCUUUUUCUCUCGACUCUAAAGGGAGAA